CCCACGGGAAAUUCCCCCUGAAAAGGGCGGCGAGCCCGGCAGCCGCGGCCGUCCCUGAGUCCCUGCGAGGUGUGCGGGCCCGGGCCGGAGCCCCGCGGCGCAGAGGCCGGAGCGGAGCUGUCAGCAUGGCCGGUGGCCUUGAGCCCUACAUUGAAAUAUUUGAGCAACCCAGGCAAAGGGGCAUGCGUUUCAGAUACAAAUGUGAGGGAAGAUCAGCAGGCAGCAUUCCAGGAGAACACAGUACUGAAAACAAUAAGACCUUCCCUUCCAUCCAGAUUCUGAACUAUUUUGGAAAAGUCAAAAUAAGAACUACACUGGUAACGAAGAGUGAGCCCUACAAGCCACACCCUCAUGAUCUGGUUGGAAAAGACUGUAGAGAUGGCUACUACGAAGCUGAGUUCGGGCCAGAACGGCGAGUCCUGUCUUUUCAGAACUUGGGCAUUCAGUGUGUGAAGAAGAAAGACCUGAAAGAAUCCAUUUCUUUACGAAUCUCGAAGAAAAUUAACCCUUUCAAUGUGCCUGAGGAGCAGCUGCACAACAUCGAUGAGUACGACCUCAACGUCGUCCGACUCUGCUUCCAGGCUUUCCUUCCCGACGAGCACGGCAACUACACGAUAGCCCUUCCUCCUCUGAUUUCCAACCCCAUCUAUGACAACAGAGCUCCCAACACCGCAGAAUUGAGAAUUUGUCGUGUGAACAAGAACUGUGGAAGCGUCAAAGGAGGAGAUGAAAUAUUUCUGCUGUGCGACAAAGUUCAGAAAGAUGACAUAGAAGUCAGGUUUGUCCUGGACAACUGGGAAGCCAAAGGUUCCUUCUCCCAGGCCGACGUUCACCGCCAGGUCGCAAUCGUGUUCCGGACGCCGCCGUUCCUCAGGGACAUCACCGAGCCCGUCACGGUGAAGAUGCAGCUGAGGAGACCCUCUGACCAGGAAGUCAGUGAGCCCAUGGAUUUCAGAUACCUGCCAGAUGAAAAGGAUCCAUAUGGCAACAAAGCAAAAAGGCAAAGAUCAACGCUGGCUUGGCAGAAGCUCAUACAGGACUGUGGAUCAAACACGAUGGAGAGGCCCAAAGUAGCCCCAUUCCCUGUUGUCACUCCUGAAGGGAAGCUGAUUAAGAAAGAACCAAACAUGUUUUCCUCCACGCUGAUGAUGCCGUCAGGGUUGGGAGCCCUGUCCAACACGAGCCAGCUGUACCCGGGCUGCUCGCACACGCCGGCGCUGGGGCCGGGCAAGCAGGACGUGCUGUCCCCGAGCUGGCUGCACGGCUCCGCGUCCCCGGCCGGGCUGCUCGGCUCCCACCUGCACAGCAGCUUCUCCACGGAGCCCCAGCCCAGCGCCCCGAGCAGCAGCUCCCUCCCGGCCUUCCACGACAGCGCCCUGGCCUGGCCCGACGAGAAGGAUUCGGGCUUCUUCCGGACCUACGGCAGCACCAACGGGCUGGGAGCCGUGGUGCUGUCGGCCGCCGAGCUGCAGAGCCUCCCCGGCGGCUCCGGCGUGCUCGGCAUGGACACGGACGACGUGAACUGCGGCAGCAUCAGCCUGGAGAAGUUCAGCGCCGUGCUGGGCAGCCACCGGCAGCAGCUGCAGCUGCCCACGGCCAACGCGAGCAGCGGAGCCGCCGCCUUCGCCUCCCAGCCCGGCCUGGCCGACCCCGGCUACGGCUUCAUGGAGCAGGAGGUGCUGAGCGAACCCAGACUGACCAGCGGCCACCAGGGCAGCCUGGCAGACGGCCAGUUCUACGACACCGACGGUGUCCACACUGACGAGCUCUACCAGUCCUUCCCCUUCGAUAACAUUUUACAGAGCUAUAACCCGUGAGCUCCCCGGGCGCUGCUGCGUGGAGAG